UUCUAUGUCUGGUAGUGACGUUUACGGCAUUGUGGCCCGGCACUCCACGUACGCGUAUUCUUUAGAACUGGCGCCAAACGCGAUGACGGCUGGGCAGGAGGUGUGGCCACAGUUGAACGCUUGGCGGUUCUCCUGUGCUCGGGACCUCGGCUUAUUAUCACAGUACUCUCCGGGAUCGCUUGCAGGCGGCAGGGCAGCGAGUGGUAUACUCAGUGUUGCUAGCGCGUGUCAGAGGUGUGAUCAGCUCCGUGCAGGUCAAACUAGAGGUUUGUUAAAGAUCCUGGCAAUAAAUUCUCAUGGAAGGGGAUGCUGAUCUGGAGCUCCUGACAUCCUUACUGGAAGAGAAUGAGGCUGCUGAGAGCAGUGGUACAAGCAGUCAAGCUGCCACAAGUGACCCUGAUGAGUACGAUGAACUAUUUGAUGGAGAUGAAGAAGGCUCAUACCAUGAAAGUGGCAGUGAAGGGCAGGACAUUGGUGGGAUGCAAGAAGAUUUUACUACACUAUUUGGAGAUAUUGAUGACCUUGAAGACGAAAACCCUGUACAUAAGAGCAAAAAGGAAUUGCUCACUCCUAGCCAUGAAAAAUCGAAACAAGAAUUAGAAGAUGAAUUGAAAAAAAUGCAGGAGCAGAUGAAGAAGCUGCAGGAACAGCUUCAAGGAACUGGUAUUGCCAGGUCACCAAGCUCUGCUACACAGCAGAAAGCAACCAACAAGAUGAAGGUGAAAGCAACAAAAGGAGAAUGUAGUCCUUUAAUGGGGAAACACCAUGCACGUAUGCAUGAAUCUAGUGCCGUAGCUGCUCAGCUUUAUAGCCCACCUGCCUCGCACAUAAAACCUCAGGCAACGCCUAAAAGAAAGCUGCCAAUGUCAGAAAAUAAAAGCACUCCUCAAAGCCAAACCCCCAGUAGUUUACCAUCCCAUGCAGGAAAACAGUUUAGUCAGCCAAUCUCUGCAUUAGCACCAAGGUCUCUGGGGACUCUCAACACACCCACUGCCAGUCAGCAAGUUUCUGUUGAGAAAUUCUCUGGGCUACGAAUCAGGAAACCCAGGGUGUCCUCUUCAGAAAUGGAUAAGAAAAUGAAUGGAAGGAAGCUGGUCAGACUAUUUCAGUUACAGAACAAAAUUGCCACGGAAAAGCUGGAGGAUCAGGACUGGGUUACAUUUGGUGUAAUUGUAAAGAAGAUUACGCCUCAAAGUUCCAAUAAUGGCAAAACUUUUAGUAUUUGGCGCCUAAAUGACUUAAAGAAUUUGGAUGCAUGCGUUUCUCUGUUCUUAUUUGGUGAUGUACAUAAAGAUCACUGGAAAACCGAUCAGGGUACUGUUAUUGGCAUCCUUAAUGCGAAUCCCAUGAAACCAAAAGAGGGCUCUGAUGAGGUGUGCAUAUCGGUCGAUAAUCCGCAGAAAAUCUUGCUAAUGGGAGAAGCAAUGGAUUUAGGAACAUGUAAAGCGCGUAAGAAAAAUGGAGAUCCUUGCACACAAAUGGUGAACAUGAAUGACUGCGAAUUCUGUCAGUAUCACGUUCAAGCUCAGUACAAGAAGGUGAGCGCAAAACGGGCAGAUCUGCAGUCCAGCUAUUCUGGUCAUGUCCCUAAGAAGAUGGCUAGGGGUGGAAACAGUCUGAAAGAGCGACUAUGCCAGGGUGGCUUCCACUAUGGUGGGGUUUCAUCCAUGGCAUAUGGAGCUUCUCUUGCAACGGCUGCGGCACCAAAGAAAUCUGUCCAGACAACGCUCACCAAAAUGGUGGUUAAGGGAGCAGAUGCAAUAGCGCUGGCAGCAAGGCAGAACAUGGCUGCCAUGAGUAAGGGCAAUGUGCAUUGUUCAGAUGAGCUGAAGGAGCUGUUGGAAAUGCCAACACCGGGCGCACUUAAUUUGAAGAAGCAUAUGUCUGGCCUGAGUGUGCAAGCGUCUGCAAAAGCCGGUUCAUCGUUUCAGUCUUUACCUGCCUCAGAGCUUCUGAAACAACAGAAACAACAGAUGCUGGAGGCAAGAAAGAAGAGAACAGAGGAGAUUCAGAAAAGGUUUCUUGAGAGCUCUGACAAAUCAGAGAAGUCCAGUAUAGCAGCAGGUGUAGGACAGACCACGUUACAGUCCCCGAAGCAAGCUGCGGAGUUCCCAUUGGUCCAGAAGAUGUCUACUCCUAAGCUAGCUCGUGGUUUUUCUGAGGGAGAUGAUGUUCUCUUCUUUGAUUUGUCACCACCUCCUACCUACAAGCUUAGUGCUUCUGCUAUAGCAAAAAAGCGUGCUGCUAUUGAGAAAUUGCAAACCAAAGGACAAAUGCUGACAAAAGCAGACCCUAACAGCAUCAAAAGAAAGCGGUUCAGCUCCUCUAAUAUUGAUCAGGUGGCUCAGAGAGUGGACAGAAAUUCCUCACCACCCGAAGCUGCAGAUGACAGUGAACCAGCCAUGAAAAGACACAGGGAACAACUUGCCUACCUGCAGUCUGAAGAGUUCCAAAAGAUUCUAAAAGCCAAAUCUAAGCAUACUGGGGUCCUCAAAGAGGCCGAGGCAGAGAUUCAAGAACAAUAUUUUGAGCCACUGGUGAAGAAAGAACAACUAGAAGAGAAAAUGAGGAGUAUAAAGGAACAAAAAUGCCGUGCAGUGACCUGUAGGACGUGUAAAUACACUCACUAUAAGCUCCUGGACAGCUGUGUUAGUGGAAACCAUGACUUCCACUGGCACGAUGCUAUGAAACGUUUCUUCAAAUGUCCAUGUGGUAGCAGAACAGUCUCAUUAGACAGACUCCCCAAGAAGCACUGCAGCACAUGUGGGCUGUUCAAAUGGGAACGAGAUGUAAUGCUUAAGGAAAAGAGUGGCCCAAAAAUUGGAGGUGAAACACUGUUGCCAAGGGGAGAAGAACACGGCAAGUUUCUUAAUAGCCUUAAAUGAUACUGUAAAUUGCUUCCAGGUUCAGGAAUGGAUUCGUUAAGCAUGCUACAAUGUGUUAACUGUACAGUUGGAAUACAUACCUAGUACCAGCGGGUAACAUUGGGAUCCCGGCCAGCAGCGGGGCGAGCGCUUGCCACUCUGCAAUCACGGAUCUGUUCUCCCUCUAUGGUUGUCGUGGAAACCCACAGAGUGAGAAAAGCCUGUGGCCCCGGAUAUCCCUGCAGCGGCAUUUCACCACCUGUGGUGAUUCCAGCGUUGUCAUUGUGACCGCCAGGAUCCUGACAGGUGGUCUCGUGAUUGCCUCCCGUACAGUUAGUAUUCAGUCACUCAAUACAUCCAUAUUGCCUCAAAUAUGAAAGACUGAACUAUGUCAGGCUUUAUUUUUUUAAUGCAACUAACUUAGUGUUUAAGAAAAAAUAGAUAUACAGAUAUUCUGUGUCUUUUUAAACAAAACAAAAAUUGGUCUUUUUAAUCAUUUGUAGAAGAAAAGCCUACUGUUUUUCUUUGCCACAAUCACUUAAUUGAAGAGAAUAGUCUUCUGAAUGAAAUGUGAGUCCUCAAACUACUUAAGCCCCCGAUUGUCUACCAAACUCUUCUGUAAGGAAAUGUUCUGUUGGCAGAGAACCCUUGAAAUUAGCAUUUGUAUGACAAAUCCAGUUGUGAAUAUGUACUGUAUGUUCUCAUUAUACGUGUAUUAUAGAUAUUACAAAUACAUUGGAUAACCUGGUGCUAAACAUGUUUUUGUAGAAUGUUUUGUAUGUAAUAAAUUAUUUUAAAUGAU